AUGAUCUUUGCUUUUAAAAUGUUUCUUGGGAACAUGAAAUAUAGUCUAUGACUCCACUCAGCAAACACGUGUCAAAUUCCAGGAACAAGGUCUGCUAACUUCACUUGCAGUGCCAGCGUGAUGUCUUCACUUUCCAACUAUCUCUAUGUCUUUAUCCUGGGACAGUUGAUGCUGGGAGUUGGAGGUACACCACUGUAUACUUUGGGAACAGCUUUUAUUGAUGAUAGUGUCCCAAAACACAAGUCUUCCCUUUAUAUAGGAAUUGGCUAUGCCAUGUCACUGCUGGGUCCUGCUAUUGGCUAUGUCUUAGGAGGACAGCUACUUAAUAUUUAUAUUGAUAUCGAGAUCCCAGAAAGUGCAAAGAUGGAUCCAGAUGACCCACGUUGGCUUGGAGCAUGGUGGAUAGGAUUUCUUGUAUGCUUUUUUGCAAUUUGGCCUCUUAUAAUACCUUUUUCAUGCUUUCCAAAAUACCUACCAGGAACAGCAAAAAUACAGUCUGAAAAGAUCUCUGAAACACAUGAUGAUGGAAGUGAGCUGCUUGUUGAGACCCAGAAUAUUGGAAAAAGUUUUAAAGACUUUCCCAUGGCCCUCCUGAUACUGUUGAAGAAUCCAGUGCUUAUGAGCCUAAUAGGAGCCAGUACUUCAGAAGCUUUAGUUGCCACAGGCUUUGCCACAUUUCUACCAAAGUUGAUAGAAAAUCAAUUUGGGAAGACAACAAGUUUUUCAGCAACUCUUGCGGGGCUUGUAUUAAUUCCAGCAGCAGCACUAGGCCAAGUCGUAAGUGGCAUCUUGGUUUCCAAGUGCAAAAUGGAUUGCAAAAGCAUAAUCAAGUUCAUGAUAGGCACUUGUUCAGUGGCCCUACUAUUAAACACAGUGUUUUUAUUUGCUAAAUGUGGGAAUGAACCUUUCGCAGGUGUCUCUGAAACAUAUAAUGGAACAGGCAUACUACAUAACUUAACAGCACCAUGCAAUGCUAACUGCAGAUGUUCACGGUCUAUGUACUACCCAGUUUGUGGCAGAGAUGGGGUCCAGUACUUCUCUCCUUGUUUCGCAGGAUGUGCAUCACUUGCUGUUAACAAGAUGAAAAAGAUGUACCACAACUGUUCCUGUAUUGGGAAACCAGAAAGACAAAAUGGUUUAGAAGACUUCCUCUAUGAAGCUGUCUCUGGGAAAUGUCCAACACAAUGCAAACUUUUACCUUUGUUCCUGACCUUCUUCUUUUUUGCUGUUGUUUUUACAUUUAUGGCUGUUACUCCAACAACUGUGGCCAUUCUCAGGUGUGUGCCAGAUAAACAGCGCUCAUUUGCUCUUGGAGUGCAGUUAGUGUUUCUCCGGCUACUGGGUACUAUUCCUGGACCAAUUUUGUUUGGUGUUGCUAUAGACAACAGUUGUACUCUGUGGGAUAUUAAUGACUGUAAUACUAAAGGAGCCUGUUGGGUUUAUGACAAUGAAAGAAUGGCCUAUCUGCUGAUGGGCAUAAGUGCUGUUUGCAAAAUCAUCACGAUCAUCUUCAUAGUCAUGGCAGUAUGUUUGUAUAAGCCUCCACCAUCCAGUGCAGUCCUCUCACUAAAGGAUUCAGAAACGGUAUCAGCCAUACACACAUAA